GGUUCAUCUCAUAUGACCGGGCUCGUGAAGUGAUAAGAAAUUCGCUCCUCAUACGCUCACGAUCAAGAGGCUGACAUCUUUCCGUCAGCCUGCUAUUCGCUUCAGCUCCACCCCUGUCACCUGCUCUGCCCCUUUGUGCAAGAUACCGUCGUGAUACACAUGCUUUAGACCAACUGCAAGAUACCUCCCCAUCCGCGAGGUCAAGAUGGUCCAAUCGAGCUGGCAGGACCGGCACCAGCAGAUCGACACGAUCCUCGACGAAGCGGCUGUCAAGCAGGCAUUGUGUGCUUUUUGUGUCGCACGAAAGACUGUCACCGAUCAAUCAUCAACGAUUCAGCACGACGAGGGCCACGCAGAGAACAACGAGCUGACGCCCACAGAGGCGACCAGCAGCACCUUUCUGGGGAAGCGUAAUCGCGCAAUAGACUUGGCCGUUGCGCUUGUGUGGUCCUCACAACACAUCAAACCACACCGUGACGCCAACCUUUGCCGGCGGAAUGCUAUGCCACUGCUGAAGCGUCUUCCGAGGACGAUGAUCAACGAGAAUGACUUUUCCCCGCUCAACAAUCUGCAACGGGGUGGUACUGGUAUGGUUGAUGUCGUACGAUGCAAGAAUGACCGCCGUUUGUACGUCCUCAAGAGCAUCCUCAAGGGUGCAGCCAGGCGGGAACCAUAUCGAAUGGUCCCCAUGACAGAGAAGAUGCUCCUGCUGAAAGCGACGACCGAAGCGCAGGGGCAGGAUUCAGAGGAGCCACUGGUGGGGCACGAAAAGCAUUGCUAUACUCCGCGCUUGCUCGCUGCGUUCCAAUCUUCGGGCAGCUUGCACCUUGUGCUCGAAUACUUCCCCGCUGGUGAUCUCGAAGCGCUACUCGAAGCUGCUGGUCAGGCAGAUGCGAGUUACCCUGGCAAAAGCAAGAAGGGAGGGUUGCUGCUCGAAAGCUGGGUCAAGGGCUAUGCGAUAGAUGUCGUCGCUGCUGUCGCAUGGCUGCACGAACAAGGCUUUGCACAUCGAGACAUCAAGCCAUCCAAUUUCCUGCUCCAUCGCAGCGGACAUCUCAAGCUGUGUGACUUUGGUACAGCAGCGCCAUUUUCGCAAUUCGACUCGGCGAUGUGCCCGCCGCUGCCGUCCUCUGCAGCUUCGGGCGUAUCCGCAGGAUCGUCGGCCGCUGAGUCCUCCUCCUCCCCUGCAAAGACGCGUCGCGUACAUCAAUUCUACUGUCAAAAGCCGGCCGGGACGUGCGACUAUAUUGCCCCUGAAAUCCUUCUGUAUGAGGAGGCCAAGCUUGCACGCGCAGCCAUCUUGCGUCGUUUCUCAUCCUCUUCCUGCAGCACUACGAGCGCAAUAAGUAGCUGCCCUGCCUCGCCUGACCAGAGCGGGUACUCAAGCGUUUCCUCUGCGUCGGCAGCAGACACGACGACGACAAGUACCAGCUACAGUGACAGUCGCCACGAUGUGAGCAGCAUGAGCAAGUCAGCCGCUCAUGUGCAGCUUGAACAAGAGGCUCCUGGGGCGUACGGUCCAGAGGUCGACUGGUGGAGCGUGGGGGUUAUGCUCUACGAGAUGACCUAUGGAAAGCUGCCUUUUUGGGCUGUCAGCCCAGAGGAAGCUUGGUACAAGAUCCGGAACCAUGAGACCUACUUCCAGCUCAACUCGUCGGUGACAGUCUCGUCUCAGCUCAAAAGCCUUCUUCGAAAGCUGCUCAGUAAAGCUGAAAAUCGUCUGGGCAAGCACGGAUCGCACGAGAUCAAGGCGCACGCUCUCUUUGGAGAUGUCGACUGGGAUCACCAUUGGGACAUUGAGCCUCCGUUCAUUCCGAGUGUCGGAGGCAAGCAAGGAAAUACGGCUGGCAUGACUGCAAGUCCAGUGGCGGGCGUCCGCGACUUGCUCGACUUCGAGGAGCCUUCCGUCCUGCAUAGCCCAAUGAACACUGCAGGUGACUCCACUUCCAUGUUCUCCAGCUUUGACCAGAGCAGCGGCCUAUCCGGCUUCCUUAACGCGAAUCAGCACGUACCCCUGUUCAUGGAUUCAUUUGACCAGGCCGAGGCAGCAGUGGCCGCGACCAGGCAACAGCACGCUCCGCCUGAGAGGACGUCCAUGCUUGGCGAGCUCAUUGGAGCGGAUGAUUGGGAAGAUGUCGACUGUGACUGGGUUGGCUUUUCGCAUCGUCCGAGGCCGACAGCGUUCAGUAGCUCGACAGGUAAAGGGCUGCGCACCACCUCGGCGCCAAGCGUUGUCACCACCGCUGCAUCACACGUCCCUCUCAUCCCUGAGAGAAAGGAAGCAGAGCUGGCCGAGGCAGCUGGACAGGUCGCUAAUGAACAACUUCGCCAACACGGCAUGCUGGACUCGCCUGCUGGUCCAAUGCCUGCUCAACCCUUCGUCUCCACACCUUACGUCCCAAGGAUCUCCGAAAUGGCAGCACGAACAGAGCUUGCGCUCCUGGCUGAUGCAAGUCCACAAGGGCAUACAGUCGAAGCCUUGUCUCGUAUGCGGGUCAGCAGCUCUCCCAACCUCGUCACACCCGCCCGCAAGAUCUCGCUUUCGAACUUUUCCAGCGUGAUCAACGGCGUGGGAGAAGGCGCCAAGGCGCCUCAGUCCGCCGUACCAGCUUCGCCCUAUCCGUUCCCGGUUGCAUCAUCUGUGCGCAAGCCGUUCAUGCAGCAGCCUCAUCGCUCCGGGUGGUCGGCUACGGCAGCGCUGCGGCGCAACGAUCUCGACCGUGCGCGUUCUGCUACGCCUGGCGGUCACAGCAUGGGCUCGGAUACGCGCUGCUCAGGCGGAUCCACCGCCAAGCGUGAGGUGUCGGAGAGCCAGGCAUUCUACGUCAUGAUGAGCGCUGUCGCCAAGAGCGCAAAGAAGGCGCAGCAAGGCAAGAUGUGGCGACCGAAGACGCAGGCGCCAGGGGCGCAUGAUGAGGAGGAAGACGAAGAGGAUUUCAGCACACCGGAAAAGUUCAGGCACAAGUCACCUUUCUUCGUCGUCGGUCCGCGCCCUGCGCCUCGCGUGGAGCAGCCGCAACAGUCUCCAAGGACAGGGUUUUCGGUUCCACACGAUCACGCCAAGGUACCAACUUCGUCGGGAGGUCCUGAUUCUCUCGCUCAGAAAGACUGGCCUUCUGCAGUGCAACGAGUCGGCGGAAUACCCAAGAGUGAUUCGAACUCGUCCAUUGCAUCGACGCAGUCAAAUUACGGCGGCAACUUCGUCACACGACUCAACGAUCCGAUGUGGAGCGCUCCUGGCAUCGAGCUGACGUCUAUCCAGAACGUACAAGAGAAUCCACAGACUGCAGCGAACAACGCGGCGCUGUUUGAGGACGGCGACGAUGAUGAGGACUUCGAUGGGGCACUGCUACAUGAUCUCGCCGGCGGCGGCGACGACGCUGGUGAGCUACGGCACGCAAAAAGCAGGAGGCAGAUGCGUCUCAAAGCGCUGCAGCGAGACACGCCCAGUCGUACUUCGACCCUCAAAAGCCCAGCGCUGCUGGACCUCUCGUUGACUGCUUUGCACGGCAGCGCGAGCGCCAGCAUGUCUGAGGACACACCCGCCUCGCGUGGUGGUGAUGUUCCUUCCACGGCCGGACACAUUGACGCCGAGGCAGGAGCGCGGCGAGCGAGUACACACGAGGAUGCCUUGGCACUUCUUUCGUCUAGUCCGACAGCUGCCGUACGUCGACGGGAGAGCAGCCAGGGAAGCAUGUGCAGCGGUGGUGGAGGCGCAGAAGCAGGCACGGGUGCAGGCUCAGGGUUGGGUUCAGGCUUAAGCGCAGGCGCCGGAGGCAGCCUUAACAGGAGCACGUCACCCGCGUACAUCUCGCUGCUGGAAUCGUAUCGACGAGGAGCAAGCGAUGGCUUGGGCGUCGGCAUCACCUUGAACCCCGCCAGGGGCGGUGACGAGAAUCGGUUCGCGCGCCGUGCGAGCGUCGGCGAUUUUUCCUUGCUCAUGCGACAGCGCAGCUUCUCAUUGGCUUCCAACUCGGGUGCAAGCGCCCAUGAUGAGCCUGCCGUAACUGGAGGCGCCGGUGAGAGGCUGGGUGUGCUCCCAACUUUGGCGCCAUCCGGAUCUGCACGCCUGCACGAGUCUUCUCGUCCCAUGCACCGCAAGAACAGCGAAGAAGUCCUGUCAGAUUUCCGCAAGGGCACGCACCGCCCGCCUCGCAAGGCGUUCGGAAAGGCAGUAAGCAUGCCGCCGCCUGCACGGUCUACGACCAUGGGCAUGGUGAUAGGCUUUGUGACUGCUGCCGACACGACUUUUGACGUCAUUCGAGAAGACACCAGUCAGGCAUUCGUCAGCCUGGACAGCCGUCUGGACGGCGACGUCAGCACUGAUGGUGAUGCGUUUGGAUCGUGCGCACAAGUGCCGCCUGCAUCGCCGCUGCUGCAGAGACGCUCUGUGCGGAUGCGCUCCUCGAUAUCCAAAGGCUCAGCGAGCACGGCAUCAGGAGGCCUGAAAAGCAAAGCGAGCGGCAGCAGCACAACCGCAGCAGCAACUCCAGUUGCGGCCACGACGACGACCAAGUGGAGACAGGAUCACAGCAGCCAUGCCGGCUUGACGCUCUUCCAAGAUGCGCCUCGCUCACCGUCGAAGCAGCCGACUAGGGCGCGAUGCGAUGCGUCUACUCCUGGGUCAGGCAGUGCAUCGGACGGGACGAGCUCGCCGAUGACGCGGCUGCUGAGGCGACGCAGCAAGGAGCAUGCGUUGUUCCAUACGCACGUGCUUGGCGGAAUUGAGAAUCGGCUGCAGAGUGUGCAAAUGAGCCUGCAGGCGCUAGGCGAGUUCGGCGCUGCUCCUGUUGUUGGGGAGAGUAAGGAGUCGAGCAGGGCGCAGGCGAAGCCAGCGGGGACGAACGUAGUUGCUUCCCCGCCGAGAAGAAAGAAGCUGCUGCCGGAGGAGCGAGCAAAGGAGGAGAUGCCUACGGCAGCAACGGGGGUUACUCCUCGACGGAAACUGCGAUGACCUGGCGGACGAAGAGGAGCAGCUUUUCCAUGCUUGCACCCCCCCCUCCCAAAC